CCAGUUCCCGUUCUCCAACUUCACUGGGAGGAAACAGCCAUCGACACCUCGAUUUCGCAUUGCUCGGCUGCAAGCAUGGAUUCUCGAAAUUCUUUCCAUGAUAUCGUCGAUUAUUCUCCUGUCGGCCUGGACGUAAUGGACAGCAAUGCUGAUACGCAACUAUUCGGCAGCCAAUUAGAGUAUGGGUCUUUGUGGAAUUCCGACUUCCCAACCUCUUUUGCGCCAGACUUCAUGGAUAGCGACAUGACGAUGCCAUCUACUAUAGAUACGUCUCUGUCUGCGCCAGCAGACUCAACAUUUGACUUCAAUGCAGGGAGCAUUGCCGGCUUCCAGCAACCGAGCGAGGAAACUGAUUCGAUGCUCGCCAAUACGCAAGAUUCAUUUUAUGUGCCCUCUAAGCAUCAACACAACCAGAACAGAAUACCGGGUCUCUCCGGUGCGUCUGUGGCUUGGACAGCACAGGUGGUACCAGAAACAAGCCCCAUUGGCCUGUCUGCCACCUCGUCAACUCCAUUCGAUUUCUGCGACAUACAGCAAGGCAGUGUCGGAAAGAGGCCGUUUCAGGCAGACUUUCAAGACUUCCCGCGUCCAAAACGUCAAAUGGCAUCAGAACACCAAGGAGCUAAUUAUCUCACCCCAGAAUCUCUUACCUUUGCGUCUUCCGACACGACCCGAAUUGAAGGAGAAACACCAAUCACAGGGCAAUCUCAUUAUCAACUGAGCCAAUCCGACUCAGCACUGGAUGAAGAUGCAGCAGACGUUUGCUCGACCUGGUUCAGCAAGAGAUACUCUGUAUUCCCCGGUGACAAGGACAUCGCAGCCUUGAGUCAUCUGACUAGGAUGCCGGCCGGUGCAAUAAGAAACUGGUUUGGAGAGUUUCUUGCACGGGGACUCCAUUCAGAGAACGAUUCGGCGUACAUGUCCCAGAAUUCAAACGGAGAUAGUAUUAUGCGGUUGGACUUGCAGCAAGGCGAAAAGUCUAAUGACCUCGACGGCGACUGGUGUCGGGAUGCGAACACCACACCCGCCGAGGAGAUUGACUGCACCGAGAAUCUCACCCGAAAGAGUGGCAACAGAUUCGGCAAAAAGAGCUGCACCCCUACUUCAAGUCCAGAUCUACUAUGCAGAGACGAAGGCCGGAUAUAUCAAUGCACCCGGAAAUGUGGCAAACGGUAUGUCCGCAAAUGCGACUGGAAGCGAAACGAGCAAGAGGGAUACCCGUCGAAGCAUUGGCUGUGCAGUCUCUGUCAGACUCUAGGAUUGGAACGUGCCAAACCAUGUUACCGUCGUUAUCACUUUACGCAGCACUUCAACAACAUUCAUCCAACAUUCUCUGCCGUCGACUAUGAGGCAGACAGUCUAGUAGAAGCGGAAACGGCUUUUCCCAGACAAUGUGGGUUCUGCCCGCAUGUUUUUUCCUCGCGCCAAGAACGAAUAGACCAUAUUGCCGAGCACUUCAAGCAGGGAAAGUGCAUGCUCGACUGGGACGACGGUGUCCAAGAGGGUGACUCUAGCUCCGAUGACGAUUCUGGUGAUGAUGACGCCCCAGGAGACGAUGGCUCUAAAGAUAAAGAAAACUUCGAAGACAACACAUCCGCACGCAGUGCUCGAAGAGAAAUAGGAGGCAAGCGAAAUCAAUUCAAUGGGGAAAAAGGAGGUCCGGACACUGAUGGGAGCGGUGAUACUAGUGGAGGCAGUUAUAGAUCACUGAAUUCCGGAGCAUCAUGGGAAUCUCGUAGAUGCGCGAGCAUUAACUGCAUCGACACUGAGAGUCAACCUGUGCUCUCAUCUAGUCCAUGGCAAGACGCUCAACAGAGGUCAACGAUAUCGACACAUCCUCCCGGCCAAACCCCCGUCUGCUCUACGACAACAUCGCCCGGACUGGAUGAGCACGCUAUCUACCGGUCCCCAACUCUGAAUGAUGCUUCCGUUCAGCAUGAGGCUUAUUCCUUAGGUGUCCACCUCACAGGCGCUACUGAGCCUUGUUCGCUCAAUCCGAAAUCUAAGGACCUUCCAUUUCCCUGCUGUGACAGCGGGCCGUUGCUUUCUGAGCUCGAAUUAUGCGACUACGUCGCAAAGGCGCCCAUUCAACGAAGCAGUUUGAGUGCUUGGUCUAAGGACGAUCACGGUCGACAUCCUGAUGAAGGAAUCUUGGCCUGCAGGGUCUCGGGUAAAAGUAAUGAUGGAGACAGUGUGCGUAUCGUCUGGCAAGCUUCGCGGGAUGCGAUUGCAAUCUUUGGGAUCAGCAAGACGUGUUCUCCUCUUUCUGAUCGGAUCAUAGCCUCUACAUGGGGUAAAGGAUAUCCAGUGUCUACAUCGCGGUCAUUCCUCAGUAUCAAAUUCCUCGGGAUGGGCGGAUUCUCCACUGUUGAGGAGGUAAUUCACCGCGAGACAGGACUUCGGAUCUGCCGGAAAACCGUCAGACCACAGAGGAAGAUGUUGCCGAAUGACAUCAUGCAAGAAGUCGAUAUUCUCCAGCAACUUCGACACCCCCACAUCAUACGACUCCUGGAGUCGUACACGCAAGGCGACAGGUUAUCGAUCCUACUUUCACCCGUCGCUGAUAUGACAUUGUCUGUCUGGUUGGAGAAUUACUCUGGCAAAGCUCCCGUGGGCGGAAAAGAAACGGUCCUCCAGAUGUUUGGAUGCCUGACCUCUUCCGUCCGAUAUCUACACGAGCAACGGCCUCUUGUAGCGCAUACUGAUAUCAAACCGCAGAACAUACUAAUAGUGCAGGGCAAGAACGAAUUUCCACAUGUCAUCUUGAGCGAUUUUGGAAUAUCUCGAGCAUCCAAUGACCAUGUUGCGGAGCAAGACUUUGGUCCAAUGACACCCCGCUACUGCGCUCCCGAAGUAGCAAGUCAUACUGCGAGAGGACCAGAGGCUGACAUAUGGUCGCUUGGCUGUGUGUUCCUCGAGAUGGCCCUCGUAGUCCGCGAGAAUAAAGACGAACUCCAUCAAGGUUUCCGGAAGGAAUUCGCAGGAGGCAAGUUCUAUUACAAGGACGUCCCUCGCGUUCAUUGGUGGCUUGAUCGACUCCGAGAGACGAAACCAGCAUACCAGGAGCUUCUAGUUCUUGAGACCGUGAAGGCCAUGCUAGAUGUAUUACCAGAAAGUCGCCCUGAUGCAAGUUCACUUGCCUCAGUCUUUACCCCUGGAUCCUGUUGCCUCGCGUGGCCGAGCACAACACAGCGCUUUCCGGGACCACUAGACGAGGCGAAGGCUUGCGCAAUCCUGCUUGAUCGCACAGCUAUUGAAAGCCCUAUUGCUGCCAGCGUGUCAAGCUUUGCCAGACACGAACUUCGAUUCCAUAACGCGUCAGACUGGCUACAAACUUGUGCUGCUCAUCAUCAUUCCUGUCAGUACACAGUGCCCGAAGGAGAACAUGCACGAACACUUCCAGCCCGAUUUCUCGACCUCCACUCAACGGUGUCUAAAGACACUUCCGUUCAUGUUGUCGCUACGAGCGCCCUUCCAUCGAGCACUGCUUAUGUAGCUCUGAGCUACUUGUGGAGCGCUACUGAUGAGCUCCUUCUCACCUCGCGCAAUACCGACGCGUUGUUCGGUUCCAUAUCGGUUGACGCGCUUUCGAAGCCAGUGGCAGAUGCCAUAUCAGUUACGAAACAGUUGGGCCUCCGUUACCUAUGGGUGGAUGCGCUAUGUGUACUUCAAGACUCUCCGGCCGAUCGUCGUCAAGAAUGUGCCAAAAUGAUGGACCUUUAUCGGAAUGCGAUAGUCACCAUCGCCGCUAAACAUGGCAGCAAGAGUCCUGAGAACGGCGCCGGGUCACAGCCCAGCGCCGACAUUGAUGAUCUCACGAUCCAUUUGACUCCGGACGCUUCGUGGGAUACUCGGGCUUGGUCACAACAAGAGCGCAUACUAUCCAAGCGUACUCUCUAUCUAACUGACGACCAGUUGUACUGGGAAUGCCCAUCGCUGAAAGCGUCUGAUACUCUGCCCAGAGGACUUCCGUCUUUAUUGUGGGAAUCUGUUCACUGCCACGAGGAACAUAGUUGUCCUGUGGGGCUGGUAUGACUGUAUGGAGCAGUUUGGCUUUCCUUUCGCAAUUUUCUAGCGUUUUAGCAUUGUAUGAUCUGGUCCAGACUGUUUAUUUCCUUAUUAUCCCAAUUAUCUAUAUGAUAUCAUAGAGAAAUGAACGAUAUUACUUCAUAACGUUAACAC